UUGCCGAUAGCGAUGCGUAGACUGUCACGGACCAAAGCUCGCUCUGUGACUGCUCAGUAUGGUUGUCGCGCAGAUUGUGAAACUCAGGAACAACACCUUGAGAACCUUUCACAUCACCCCCGGCGACUUUUUCUACAAGACCAGUGUGGAUGGUCAGCCUUUGGCCGACGAAUCCAUAGAGGUUUCACCUGGCUUUGAUCAGACCACAGAUGGUCUGACAGUACCGUGGGAGUCAGUCUCUGGGAGCGGCUUAGAGAUCUCCGAGUCCAAAAGCGGCUCAAUACUGCGAUGCGUUGUGGGGCCAUGCGAUUCCGACAGCGAAGACCGUGAUUGGCUACAGUUCCGAUCUGCUGACUGGGAGCCAAUCGAAGAACAGAAAUGGAUUCAGCUAGGUCCACGUCAUUUGUUGGGAACUGUUGGUGCAUCGGUUGACUUGGCACUCACGUUUCGUGAUGCGAAGAGUGGUUCCUCUGAUCUGCCUUUCAGCGUCGUCCAGGUGGUGCACUUUGAGAAUGCCAUGAAGACGGCUUCACCAAACACGGUAUUUCUGAACAUUUUUGACUUGGCCUCUGCUUUGUCCAUUCCCAACUCCAUGCUUUGCAACACGAUGUUCAACACAUUGGGCGCAUUCCAUGCAGCAAUCGAGGUCUAUGGACAGGAAUGGGCAUUUUACCGAACGCCCAACCCAACAUCCUGUGGUGUUUGCAGAAGCCUGAGACCUCGGCACCAUCCAGUCCAUGUAUACAGGCAAUCUAUCAACCUUGGAGAUACCCAUCUCAAGGAGUGGGAAGUGCGCUACCUCAUUCGUGGCAAACUGGCUGCGAAUUGGCCUGGAGGUACCUAUGAUCUUCUGCGACACAAUUGCAUCCACUUUUGCUCAGAGUUGGCUUUGGCACUGGGGGUCAGCCCAGUCCCAGCUUGGGUACGCAAUCUUCACGAGACAGGAGCAGGUGUUUUCCAGAUUCCCUGGCCGCUGUCUGCUCUCCAUUCCACAGUUUUUGGUGAUCGAAAAGCCAUUGGCUGUGAAGGUGACAGCGUGGAUGAACAACAAGAUUUGACUUCACUCAGAGGUGGAACAGUGGUUGCCCCGGUUGAUCGUUGAUCUGUUGGCAAUCAUGCCUGCACAGCAGCUGAGGAGGUAACGUUCACAUCAGCAACCAGUGCAGCACCCGCGCUGCCUCAUCAUACUGACCUGGUGGUGCAUUGGAGGGCACAAGGUGGCGCCACUUCUGCUAGCUGCUAGGGCCCUUGUCAGGAUAGAGAGUGGAGCAUGCCGAGCAUGGUGAGCAAGAGCACGUGGGUUG